CCAUAUAGCAAAUGACUCCUCCUCCGCAAGUCGGUGGCUUGCGAGGACUGUCUUCCUACUAGAAUAUUGUGUAUUAGCUAUCUUCUUAACGUUUGUAGUCCAAGAAACCCUGCCAUAAUGUUCACGCUUUCGGAACUCAUUGUUAUAUUGGUAACCUUGUCAGCCACGGCGUCAGGCUACUUCGUUAGCAUAGACGCUCAUGCCGAAGAGUGCUUUUACGAACGGGUCAACUCAGGCACCAAGAUGGGCCUAAUGUUUGAGGUUGCAGAGGGAGGCUUCCUGGACAUCGAUGUGGAGAUUACAGGCCCAGAUGGGAAGCAGAUCUACAAGGGAGACCGGGAGUCCAGCGGGAAGUACUCUGUGGCCGCCCACAUGGACGGAACAUACAAGUUCUGCUUCAGCAACAAGAUGUCAACCAUGACGCCCAAAAUAGUCAUGUUCACCAUCGAUAUCGGAGAGGCGCCCAAGUCCAACAUCGAGGACACAGAAAUUGGUGGUGACACCUGGGAUGCCCACCAGAACAAGCUGGAGGAGAUGAUCAAUGAGCUGGCGGUAGCCAUGACUGCUGUCAAGCACGAGCAGGAGUACAUGGAGGUCCGCGAGAGGAUACAUAGAGCCAUCAACGACAACACAAACAGCAGGGUGGUGCUCUGGUCCUUCUUCGAGGCCCUCGUCCUGGUUGCCAUGACCCUGGGACAGAUUUACUACCUGAAGAGAUUUUUCGAAGUGCGGAGAGUCGUGUAAAAAAAGAGAAGAGAGGAAAAAUGGGUUUUACAUGUUAGAUUUUUUUACUCCAAAAAGAAAAACAAGUGUGCCCCUCCCAUCAGCUGGUACCAUUUGCAAGAAAAAUGAAAUGAAUCAGUUUGUAAAAUGGUCCACGGUCACCUUUUGCCAGAUUGGAAAAUUGUCCGGACACCCCCACCCCCAGGGGAAAAGGUCUCUGUCCCCUCUUUCCUCUCUCUCUCUUCUCUCCCUCUCUCUUUCUGCCUUUCACUCCAUCUGAAAUAUUUUUUUUUAUUUUUUUGUUUCCCAUUGUUACUUUUAGGAGUUUCUCUGUUAACAGUGUACAAAAAUGGUCCUCCAUCCCCUUUGUUUUGAAGACUUCACAUUUUAAGCUGUUAUGGAGUGAUAUGUUUUCCCAUGUUGUCCCUAUUUUAUUUAGUCAGGAAAUGUCAUGAAUGUGUGGGGGAUGCUGUAUCUUUUUGCUACACAGGCGCGGGUGGGGUUUGGGGUUUGGGGUUGGGAAAAGCAGCAGCUGUCUUGGACUUUGAACGUGCACUUUGGAGAAUGGCACUGUUUGAAAAACACAAAACGAAAAAUCAAAAGAUUCAUUUUUGUAAUUAUUCAGCUAUUUCACUAGCAAUAUGUAGGCGGGUUGCGAGCAGUGCGUUGAUUAUUGUCCUAAAAAAUAAGAAAAAAAUCCUGCUUAUUUGAUUUUUUUCCCUUCUCCUUUUGUGCUCCCUUAUCCUCUCAAUGGCUUUUUUUGCGCCACCAUCGCCAGGCAUACCUCACUCGCUCAGUCGGUUUUCAAGUAGGCUUGUGAACAGUGACUUUACCACUGCUGGCCAAUGGACUUAAGCCUGCUAAGAAACAUCAGCCUCAGCCUCAGUCCUGGUUUUCGAGUCCUCCUCAUCACUCCAUAUGCGUGCGAAAGUGAACGACACGUCCAGUGCUGUGACUUAUGUGUGACCUUAAGAAUUAUCGUUGCCAUUCACUCGCAACCAACUUGCUGCGUUUGUUUUUAGAUUCAAAUGCAACACUGAUGGCUUUUGAGUUUAAAAAAGAAAAAAAAAUCUGCUCACAAAGGCACAUCCUGUAUACACAUUUUGAAAAAAUAAUUUGUUAUUUUGGUGAAGGAGAGUUUCAUUUAUUUUGCUUUUUAACUUUGGGUAAGAGGGUCACUAGUGAUGGACAGAACUGGGGUUGUACUGUAGAUGAAAGAAAAAAAUCAGCUUGAGCUUCAGUAUUUGAACCAUGAAAAGGCAAAUUUAUCCAAGUUGUAAUUUUGUACAAAUUUUAUUUCAUUAUGUAUGUAUGAACGUGUGUGUGUGUGGAGGGGAGAACAAUGUUUUUCUCUAUUUUGUGUUGGGGAAAAGAGAGUCGAUUUGGUCAAAACAUCUGGGAGGGACAGAGCCUUGGAAUUGAUACUCAACUGAAGUUGUCAAGUUCAAACAUGACAUGGCUUGAAUUGGGGAAAACAUGUUGUCUUGUUUCUUCAUUUCUAAUAGACAAAAGCCUACACAUUAGGCCUUGACCAACCACUGCACUGGUAUGAUAUAGAGGGAGUGAGUUACAUGGAUGAUUAUGUAUGUGGAACAAAAAGUUAAUUCUUUCAGCAUUUGUGUCUUUGCUAAUAUCAACUAUGGUGUUCAAUUCAAUAUCUAAUCACCAUCUCUUUUUGCUUGUGGCCUCAUACUUCGCUGACACCCUGCUUCUGUGGAAAAAUUGCAAAUGAAGAAAUGACCCUUGAAUUAUGGAUUUGUGAGAUAUUGAAUAUAACUUCUACUGUCAAUGACGUCUCACACCACAAGCCAACAAGCGAAAGGAGAGAACGGGAGGUUAGAUAUUGAAAUGGACCCUUGAUGCCCUAUAGCGCAGGGAUGCCAAAAUCUGGACCGUGGAAUCAUAUUUGGCCCGCAAGAUAAU